AUGGGCUGUGCAAAAUCCCAGACAAUUUCAAAUGAUCUUAAAAUGCCAAAACAAGAGCAAGCUCUUAUACACGCAGAAAACUCCCUUUUGAUCUCCCGAACGCCAUUCCUUGACUUCUACAAAGAAAUCAAGCUUAAUUCAAGCCAUAAACUAAUUAAAAGAUCUCAAUUAGAAAGAUCAUUAUCUCAAGCCCCUGCAGGUUUAAAAUCUGAGAUAAUGCAGCUUUGUGAGGAAUUUCACAUAAAAGAAAAGCAAUACAAUUCUUUAAAAAUAUGUAUAGCAAUUAUCCUUUUAGGCAGUGGAAACAAUUAUGAGAAAAUGAAAAUCUUAUAUCAUCUUAUAGAUGAAGACGCCUUAGAGUUCAUAAAUAAUGAACAGCUUAGUUCUCCCCUCCGUGAGUGAACAAAACCAUUAGAAAAAUCGCUAUUUUUUGCCCAAAAACCCACCCUCCGUGAGUGAACAAAAUUUUUUAAAAGAAAAAUUCUUUAGAGAAUUUAAUUGAAAUAGCUACAGAAAAUAUCCCACAUUUUAUAAAAGAUAAAAUUUCACCGCUAAUAAACGUAAGCGAAUAUCUGGAAUUUAUCAAAAAAGAAAAAAGUGAAUUAAUUAACAAGAUUUCUAACGAGUUAAUGAAAGGUCAUAACAAAGUUAGAGAGGCAGAAUUUUGUGAAAAACUUUGCCAAGACAAAUAUUUUAGUCCUAUAAUGAAUGCUAGCAAGGUCAGAAUUUUACUGCAUGACAUGAUGUAUCAGCAUAUUGAGCCUUCAAAGCUGGGACAUAAAAUCAAUGAAAAUAAUCUAGAAAAAAAUGCAGUAAAGAGUAAACUAGAUAAAAGUCAUCUAAAAGACACUGCUCAGAAAUUAAAUUUUAUAGAAAAUACUGAAAAUGAAGUCAAUAAAAAAAAUCGCGAAAAAAGCACCUUUAUAUGUCAAGCUAAGCCGAUAAUAUCAAUUUGCCAAUUUGAGCAUGAAAAUAAUAUUAUAGUGUCUAAUAAAAGCAAGACAUCUGAGUUAAAAGUUGUUGUUUUUUCAAGUGGCUCGUCUGAUUGCUCAUUGAGCGAAAGCUCAUCAGCAUCACUUCCACACUCAGAGGAAGCCAAAGAUGAGUUUCUAAAAUAUGAAGACAAAUUCAAUUUGCAUCCUUCUUAUAGUAAAAGAGAGCUAGAAAAAGAAGAAACUAUAGAGCUACCCCAAAGAAAUUAUAUUAAUAGCAGUCACCAUUUUGAUACUUUAAGACCUCCUUCAAGCCAAGAUAUCACUUAUGGGUCCCAUAGAAAUUCAUUAGAUAUCCCAUUCUAUAAUCCUAGAAUGUCAAUGGCUACUCCUUCAAUAGAAAGCUCUGAUAUGGAUAUAGACUUUGGCUCAAUUCAACCGAAACCUCGCAGCAGCACUCAAUGGGCACCAAUAAAACCAAUCAUAACUAACGCUUCUGUAAAAUCAACCACUCCAGCAGGCAAAUACAGUGUAAACUCUGCAAUAAAAGUGAUUUCCUCAGUUCCAAAAGAGCCAUUAUGGAAAUCAAAUUCAGCCAAAACUUCUCCAGCAAAGCAUAGAUCAAGUAUAACUAAUUCUCAGCAAAGUACCCCAAAAAGCUUCACUCUCCGAGUCAAUGUUGGCCCUGGCAAAUAUGAAAAUGUCACUGUAGGACCCAAUGACGACCUAUUAAGAGUAGGGCAACAUUUUGCAGCAACUCACGGUCUCAAGCUUCGUGAUAGAGAUAAACUUAUCAGAGAUCUGAAAAUGUUAAAAGAUAAAAGCUAA